AUGACAUCCGUCUACGAAUGCAAGUGGGGCAUCCUCGCCACCGGUGGAAUCGCCGAGACGUUCUCCAAGGACCUGCUCAUCGACCCUUCCACGCGCUCGGUCUCCGAUGUCAAGCACACGAUCGUUGCUGCGGCCUCUUCCUCCUCCUCCUCGCGCGCCACCGAGUUCCUCAAGAAGGUCGGGGCCGAUUCCUCUGCCAAAGGCUACGGCUCGUACGAAGAGCUAGUCGCGGACCCCAACGUCUCGAUCAUCUACGUGGCUACCCCGCACUCGCACCACUACGAGAACACGCUUCUCGCCCUGGAAGCCGGCAAGCACGUGUGCUGCGAAAAGCCCUUCACGAUCAACGCUGCCCAAACUAAACACCUGAUCAAAGUAGCCCGCGAAAAGAAGCUCUUCCUCAUGGAAGCGGUGUGGAUUCGAUUCUUCCCGCUUGUGCUCGAGCUGCAGCGGUUGAUCUUUGAAGAGAAGAUCCUGGGCAACGUGCGUCGGGUGUUUAGCGACUUUGGCAAUCAGUUUGCCCCCGAUCCCAAGCAUCGUUUGUACAACCCCGACUUGGGUGGUGGAGCCCUGUUGGAUUUGGGCAUCUACGCAUUGACUUGGCAGAUGAUCACCCUCUUUGCUGAUCCAAAGAACAACAAGACCGCCCCAAGCGUCGUAGGUAGCAUCGUCAAGACUCCACUCACAAAUGUGGACGAGUUUACAACGAUGAUCUUGAACUUCGGCCCGACUCUCGCUCAAGGUAUUGCGAGCACCAACAUGACCAUCCGUUGCAGCGACAAGUACUGCGUGCUCAUCCAGGGCGAUAAAGCCGACAUCAGCGUCCCCUGGGCUCCCUACCGCCCAACAUCGUUUACGAUCCACGAGAAGGACAGCGAGGGUGUGUACACGGGCAAGGAGGACAAGAAGGACUUCGACAUUCCCGGACACGGCAUGUUUUGGGAAGCCGACGCCUGUGCUCGCGCCCUCAGGGAUGGCAAGCUCGAAGAGGAAAGGUGCAGCCUAGCUGAAAGCACCAUCACCAUGGAGAUCAUGGACAAAGUGCGAUACUCAAACGACUUUAGGUACCCUGAAAAGCUCGAGGCCACCCGCUCCGAUGCUUGA